GCUGCGUCGAUCCGAAAUUACGAAAUUGUGUCGUCGGCUGUUGACAGACGUCCCGCAAUUUUAUUAGCAAAUAUGGAUGCCUUUUUAUCUGUUCGCAUACGAGAAAUUUUUCUAUAUAGGAUAUUAAAUUGAAUGCAAUUGACCCAUAAACGCGUUGUUUUCCAACAUAGCGAUUAAAAUUUUAAUACGUUCCCUAACCGACGAAGCCGCUUUCCGUUUCCAAUCGACAUGGGAUAUCAACAUUUGAUAAUGCAAUAAUAUCGGAAUAGAAUCGAUUUCGCUUAUGAAUCGGAUUUAAAACGAGAACUGAGCAGCGACAUUUACGCUAUUUUGAAAGCCAGUAAUGCAAACUCAGGAACGCUAUAACGAUCGGGGUGGCGUGAAUCAUCGUCAUAUAAAAGCCGCCGCUGGUUUAUUUUCGGGUGGAUCCGAUCUAUUUCUCGAUUCGCCAAGUAUGGUCUAUACGAGAUUUUCCGAUGAUACUCGAGAUAAUUGGCAACACUGUGGUGUAAUAUUAGUGCGCGUUGAAACAUAUAGAACAUGCAUUAAACAAUGUAAAUCCGUAAAAGUCUUGGGAUUCGAAAAUAUUCUUAUUCCGAGUCGCGCUCGUUUCAACAUCGAGGGUGGGGAAUCUAUUUAUAAAACGGGGAUGGUCCACGCGACACCCACGUUAACGGUGCAGAUAUGUCUUUCCGUGUUGUGCGCAGCAGCAAGUUCCGCCACGUGUACGGAACACCUUUGAAGCGCGAACAAUGUUACGACAACAUAAGGGUAUCCAAGUCCUCCUGGGACUCGACCUUUUGCGCCGUGAACCCAAAAUUUCUGGCCAUUAUCGUGGAGUCUGCUGGCGGUGGUGCCUUCAUAGUUUUGCCGCACAACAAGGUUGGGCGAAUACCGGCUGAUUACCCGCUAGUAGGGGGACACAAAGGUCCGGUAUUAGACAUAGCAUGGUGCCCUCAUAACGACAAUAUCAUAGCAUCUGGCUCCGAAGAUUGCGUCGUUAAAGUAUGGCAAAUACCUGAUGGUGGUAUCUCCAGGACAUUAACGGAAUCAGUGGUAGACCUUCAAUUGCAUCAACGUAGAGUAGGUCUUGUACUCUGGCAUCCGACCGCAUCCAACGUAUUGCUCACAGCCGGAUCCGAUAAUCUCGUAUUGAUUUGGAAUGUUGGUACCGGAGAAGCGAUAGUACAAAUAGAUUGCCAUCCAGACAUGAUUUAUUCGGCGUGUUGGAAUUGGGAUGGAUCGAGAUUAGUUACAACAUGCAAAGAUAAAAAAAUUCGGAUUUUGGAUCCACGGUCAGGAGAAAUAUUAGAAGAGGCUAUCGCGCACGAAGGCAGUAAAGCUACGCGUGCUAUCUUUCUCAGGGGAGGCUUGAUUUUUACUACAGGUUUCAGCAAAAUGUCUGAGAGGCAGUAUUCAUUGCGUGCCCCUGAUAUGUUAGGUGAACCAAUAGUCAUGGUAGAAUUGGAUACGAGUAACGGAGUGAUGUUUCCUUUGUACGAUCCUGACACGAAUCUGGUGUAUUUGUGCGGCAAAGGCGAUUCUGUAAUACGCUAUUUUGAAAUUACUCCCGAACCUCCGUUCGUUCAUUAUAUCAACACAUUUCAAACCCCUGAUCCACAACGGGGGAUAGGAAUGAUGCCAAAGCGAGGCUGUGAUGUUAAGAGCUGUGAGAUAACUAGAUUCUAUCGGCUGAAUAACUCGGGCUUCUGCCAGGUCAUCUCCAUGACAGUACCGAGAAGGUCCGACCUAUUCCAAGAAGAUUUGUAUCCGGAUACUUCCGGCGACACGGCCGCGAUUUCAGCAGAAGAAUGGGAGAGCGGAACUGACGCAGACCCCAUAUUAAUUUCAAUGCGAGACGGUUAUCAACCAUCAGUAGCCAAGAACGAUCUUAAAGUGCAUAAAAAGUCCAACAUACUCGGCAAAGGAACGAAGGUUGCAUCAAACGCACAAAAUGCUACGCAAUCUGUGGGCAUUACCGAGGAGUUGCUGAAAGAGUUUACCGAGGAAAUCAGAAAAUUGAAAGCGGUAAUUGUGAAGCACGAAGGAAGGAUACGGGUACUCGAAUCAGCCGUUGCUCUUCAAAUGAAGGAAGGGGAAAGAAAGGAAAAGGGUCCUUCGCCUGCAGCGGCCGAAGUGCUUGCAUCCGACGAGGUCUAACAUUCGAAAUGAAUUUUUUAGCUCACAAACAAUAAAUAUUGCGGAAAGAUAACUAAUUAUGUAAUAAAAAGGAAAAAAAAACUAUCAUAUAUUUUGAUAUAACAAUUUGUGUAAAUAGUAGGUUUUUUUUUUAGCUACAUCGUGUGUCGUGAUACUUUGGAACAAUCUUUGCUAUUUAUUGUACAUCCAUUCAUCAUACAUCGCUUGCAUUUGUACCAUGUUUUACAUCUUUUAUUUCUAUUAGACUGUAGCUAAUUACACGUGACAGUGCUUUGUUUAUUAGCAUUAAGAUAUAUAUAUCGGCUCUUGUUUUACAUCCAGUAUUUGAGAUACAAUAUGUAUAUUGUAUAUUUCUUUUACGAGGAUAAACGAGUGCCUAACUUGUACAGACAUACCGCUGUAAAAUAACGAAGAAUUACUUUUAUCCUAGUAUAGGGUGAGCAUCGUGUACACACACGUAAUGUCUUCUGGAAGGGCGCGUAAUUUUGGUUUGUACAUAAAUUAUGCGAUUCACAAAGUAAUAAACAGAGAUUGUUAUUUUACAAUUAUAACUAGAACAACAAGAACAAGAGUAUGUAUGGUAUUAACGAUAUAUUUGACUAACGUGUUUUUUUUUCAACAUCGUGAAAAGAAUACAUUUUGUACAAAAAAAAUAAAAAAUGUGAAUACAUAAUAUA